UUUUAAUUGAAUUAAAAAUCAAAAAUGAUCAUAAAAAUAUAUUAUUUAAAUUUUUUUCUAUUUACGAUAAUUAAAUGUAAUACGAUUAACUACAAAGAUACGUAUGAAAGCAAUUAUAUGGAAUAUUUAUUCGAAAUAGUAGAUUUUGUUCGAUUUCAAGACGAAAACACUUCAAUACAACACUUAACAAACGAUUUAAAGAUCAAUUCGAAUUACAUUUUAGACUUAGGUCUAAAAUUAAACAGCAAAAAUUUUCCUAUAAUAUUUAAUGCAAUUAUUGAAUUACUUAAAUAUAGGUAUGGAAUCGUUAUAGAAACUUUUUAUAAUAAUACUGUUUUAAUACUCCAAUGCUGUGAUAGCUAUUAUUCUAAAAAACGAUUUGAACAUUUUGUUGAUUGCUAUAUUAUCCUUAAUGACACAAUUGUAAGUUCGAAGAAUCUAUUUGAAAAUCUUAACAAUGUCAUGGAAUUCUUUAGUAGUUUAAAUAUAAGUUAUAAAAUUAAACAUUAUGAUAUAACAGCCAACGUUAUGGAUAAUCUUUCAACUAUUGUUAAAUACAUUAAUUCAAAAAGAGAAUUGGAUAUACACGAUUACAUUGAUCAUAACGCAAAUCCUCUAACUGAGAAAGCCUAUAAUGGUUUUGUAAGUGUUAACCAAUUUUAUAAAGAAUUAUCAUUAAAAAUUUCAAAGAUUUCUACGAAAAACAAUCUGGAUAAUACUUGGCAAGAUAAACUAGAGAAAGAUGAUUCGAUAGAAAAUAAAAUUUAUUCAAUUUCACAAGAGGAUUAUAUCCAGAACAUAUGUAAUAAGCUUAAGGUAUUUUAUAAUGAAGCUUUACAACUUGAAUACAUCAAUCUUGGUUUUCACAACUUACUACAUCCCACAACACCAGGACUUAUACCACCAACACAUAAAGACUCAUCUAACGAUCUCGGAAUGUAUGUUAUAAUUACGCUAUUUAACGAAAGAUAUUGGCAAUCAUUAAUUCAUACAAGAAUUCGGGUGAACAAUCAAACUAAAGAUGUACAUGAAAUACGGCAUGUCGAAGUAAAUGAAAUCAAUUUUUUUAACAUAAAACAAGACGUAGCACAUAUGUUGAAGUGUAGAUUUAGUGCAUUAUUACAAAACGUUUUUGCCUCAUUAAGCGCUAUGCAACAUUUAAUUAAGAUAGAAAAUGCACACAAAUCAUAUAAUACUUUAAUUGCUUGUGUAAAUUCAUUUAAAAGUACAAUACCAUCAGUUAUAACUGUGUUAAAUUCUUUACUCGCAACACUUGCCUUGUUGAAAAAAGCGACAAUUUGGGAUUAUAAGGGAACAUCACCAUCAUGUUUAAAAAGUGUUUCAAAAAUUGCAUAUGCAUAUUAUAAUGCUUUGAAAACUCAAAAUAUUUCUCCGGUUGCUGAGACUAAUGAAUUUGAAGCAAUACAAUAUUUUAUAAGCAUUCAAAAUACUCGAUAUAGUUUAGUUCGUUUAUUUUCAGAUACAAAAAUGAAUCAGUUUCUCGAGAAUUAUUGCGAUUAUGACAGACCAAUUUUAACUAAUUUCGAAUUAAUAAAAUCACUUCGAAAUAAUCAAAAUAAUGAUACUGAUCAAAAUUAUUCUGGUUUUAUAUGUCUUAAAAUAAGUUCACAUUUAAAACAAAUUUGUAAAGAAUUUAUUACAACUGAUUACGAUUUAGGUUUUAGAAAAUUAGUAAACCAAUAUAUUAUCUAACAAAAUUUAAAAAUGUAUCAUUUUAUAGAUAAAAAAUUCCAGAAAAAAUAUGAUCCUAUUGAACCUUAUGUAUGUUU